GCUAAACUUGAUCACAUUUCAUUAGAAAAAAUAUUUUAAAAUUAUAAAAUGCUUUGCGUGUAACGUGCGUCAAUUAAAUUAUAAAAUUAUAGAUUAUGGAUAACUGGUUUGCCCUUUUACUUGUGGGUAUUGUCUACAUGUGUGCAGAUACUGCAACAAGUGAAACGACAACGUCAAGCACAUCGAAUGCUACAACUGAUUCGUCAGCUACUCAGACGGCAUCUUCAACGUCAUAUUCAAGCACAUCGAAUGCUGCAACUGAUUCGUCAGCUACUCAGACGGCAUCUUCAACGUCAUAUUCAAGCACAUCGAAUGCUACAACUGCUUCGUCAACUACUCAGACGGCAUCUACAAUGUCAUAUUCAAGCACAUCGAAUGCUACAACUGCUUCGUCAACUACUCAGACGGCAUCUACAAUGUCAUAUCCAAGCACAUCGAAUGCUACAACUGAUUCGUCAACUACUCAGACGGCAUCUACAAUGUCAUAUUCAAUCACAACGAACACUUCAACUGAGUCGCCUUAUACAUCAACUACGGCCAACUGUAAUGUAAACUAUACAGCGGAUGCGAAGGGAGGAUCCUUCACAUCUCUUAACUACCCUUAUGAUUACAUCAACUCGAUGGAUUGCAACAUCUGGAUCACUUCUCCGACGGACACUGCGGUGGUUCUGAUCCCGGGAAUGUUCAACAUGGAGGAUGAGAAAUAUUGUCAGUACGACUCAUUCUCCGUCUAUGAUGGGGCUUCAUCGAGCGCCACGUUGCUGGGCCAAUACUGCGGCACGAGUUUCCCGGCUUCGCUGGAAAGCUCGGGGAACGUUAUGUACAUCCACGUGGUAUCAGACUGGACAGUGACGGCGUCUGGAUAUAUCAUCUCUUACGCGACUUUAGAUACCUCCUACCCCUAUUGUAAAUCGGAAUACACUGAAAUAACCGCUACUGCAAGCACUGGACCGGCACCGACAUUUUCAAACUCACAGACACCUUACUCCAGCAACACCGAUGAAUACUUUUUGGUGGUGAAAGGGGGUAAAAGUACUGGCGAUAUCAUUCUCAACCUACAGUCAUCCAGCAUUGAGAACUCUGACGGCUGUAUCUACGACCGCCUUGUCAUUUACGACGGAGCGUGCCGGAGCAACACGGUGUUGGCGACCCACUGCGGACCACGGCUGGCGCGCUGGGAGCUGCCCGGAACCGAGUACCUUGUGCACUUUCACUCCGACGCAGUCAUCGAGAAGGACGGCUUUGUCAUGGAGUAUUUCCUCGGGACAGCAGGCACUGCUGAGCCAACGACGACUACGACCACUUCCGGUCCCCCGGUGUCGGCGGAAAUUUUUCUCAUGAAUGACUUGUUGACCAACUACAGCAAUGACGUCCUGCCAGUCCGCGACCUGACCAUACCCUUAGAGACCAAGGUCGACCUUGAGUUGGUCGGCGUCAACGGAUUGGACGAGGUAUCUCAGAAACUGACGACGACGGUGCUGUUUACGAUCACGUGGACGGACGCAAACAUCGGCUGGCCCACCAGCAGGCAGUCUGGGAUCUCACAACUCCUCAUACCCCAGGACGAUGUCUGGAAACCGGAUGUUGCACUUAUGAACAGCUUCACGCGGAUCAAGCAGCUUGGGGCGUCGUUUAUGUUCGUGGUGGUCACGAACGAGGGUGCUUGUACGUGGCGGCCGUACCAGAUGCUCGACUCCACGUGCAAGGUCGACAUGACGUACUUCCCGUAUGACACACAGUCGUGCGACAUCAUGAUCAGUACCUGGGCCUCGUCCUCAAACGAGAUAGAAACCUUAGUCGGCGCGAACGGCAUGCAGAAACACGAGUCGUUUGUGGAAAACGCGGAAUGGAGCCUGCUCAAAAUCUCGCAACGAAACGAGACUUUCAACGGACAGUUUACCGUAGUGUUUACGUUAACGCUACAACGUAAUCAGGCGUUCACCGUGUUCUACAUGGCGAUUCCAGUUGUGCUGUUGACGUUUCUUUGUGCUUUUACGUUUUCUAUGCCCGUCUGUUCAGGAGAAAAGUCUGGCUACGCCAUUACCGUAUUUUUGUCGUUAAUUGUUUACGUGAUUGUUACGUUUCAGAAGAUGCCCGAAAAUUCAGAAAAUCUUUCCAUAUUCGCUAUGUACGUCCUGGGAGCCACGGGUCUAAGCCACAUUUCAGUAAUGAUUUCUGUCCUUGAAAUUCGUUUUGAGUCGCUAGACGUCAGGUACAAGCGCGUUUUAGGGUGCACGCAAACAUUUUCCAAAUCUAUCAUUCGCCUUCAGAACAGACUUUUGUGUAUCAAACCGGAGAUUGAAGAACAGACAGCUGAAGCCGGUGGACCCAAAACUAAAUCAAAUUACGCUAAAAUGUUUCCAGAUGAUGAGAACGUCGAAGAAGAGACGCCUGACGCUCAGGAUGAAGACGUUUGGAUUGAUUUUGUGUCGGCUUUAGAUUUCGUCUGCUUCUGGGUGUAUAUCAUUUUCACCUUGGUUUUGGCAUUGACCGUAUUUGGACUUCUUUCUUUCAAUUAAUUAUAUGCACAUGUCUUGAAAAUAAGUUGGUAAACUUGAUCAUUUAGGAUUUCAACUUACGUGCGUGUUUAAAGGUCCGCCUACCGUCACUCAUCCAAUGCACACUCCCUGUGCCAGAUUUUGUAAUGUAUCAGCCAAUGUGGUUGUAUUCUAAGUCAGUUAGAUAACCUGAAGUAAUAUUUAUAUACGCUACGCUCACUCCGCCCAUUCUGAAUCAUUAAGAAUUUACUUCAUGUCAUCUUACUAUUACGUAAUAAGCUAUUGGUGUACAUGAACUAAUUCCGUAUUUUCUCUCGAACGAUAAUUGCUCGUAUUUCUAUCAUGAAGUAAAACUAUGAUGACAUGAAGUAACAUUUGAGCGAACGGGCCCUUCUUAAUAAUUGAAAUAUUACUCCGGGUCAUCUGAAUGUCUUAGAACCUCGUUGGCUGACACAUUUGUAACGCAAAAUCUGACGCGAAUGAGCGGCAACAGGCGGAUGUUUAAACAUCCGCGAAAGUAAAAUUCCAUAAUGAUAAAGCCUAGUGCCUUUCUGCAAUUCCAUUGGCUGUAAAUGCAGGGUUCUCAAAAUGAACCGGCCGCCGGCCUAUUUGACCGGUUAAAACCAGAAAUCGGCCGGUUAGAAUUGUUCUAGAAACCAUAAGGUCACAUUCUUUUCUGACAUAUUUAAUACUGAUUAUCUAUUCUUACUUCGGCGUUUGUAAGAGUCUUCAGGUUUGAAAUCGUUUUGGUAAGAAUUCUCCGUAAUUUGCGCAUGUGCAAGCACGCUUUCCUGUUAGAAGAACACAUUGCCGAUGUCCAAAAAAGGAUCAUACCGUAAUUCCCCUUAAAGUUCGGACACCCGUAAUUAUUUUCAAAAAUAAUUAAUUUUGCGUACCUAAUUUUUGGACACCAAAAGGACUUCAAUCAUAACUUUCACAGUUACCAAGUUUCACAGACGAAGAUUAUUGAUUUUUAUCUUUAUCAGUUAAUACCCAUCCUAAAUGAUUUAUUGCCUGUAAAAAGAGGAAGUGUGAAAUAUUUAUUGGAGGAUUAUAGAAACAAGAAAGGCAAUCAAGGGAUUAGGAAAACAAAGACAUGACAUUUUUUCAAUAAACUUUGAAACUUGUACCACACUUUAUAAUAUAGACUGUAACAGAUAAUAAUCGUACAGUUAUACUUAUUGAAACAUCAAUAAAAGUCAACACAUUCAAUGAUAUAGGUUACUAAUUAAUGUGAUUAAUUAAAGUUUGAAAUGAAAUACUUAAGUUGCAAUCGAAAACACCACUCAGACACAUUAAUCCUGCAAAGCAAUGUCCAUGCUCUCCACGAGAUCCUCGUGGGCAUAACUGUGAGUAAUGUGACGUCACACAAUGUGACUGUUUGAUCUGAAGCUGAUAGAAUGUGCUUAUUCAAUUCAAUGCAAGUAUAAAAUGAGGUUUUAAUUAAUUUGAUGAAGGAUUUAUACUUAUAGGCGUAAUAAAUAAUUUUAUGACCAUUGAUAACUACGGAUAAAUUAAUAAGUAGUAAAAUGCAAACAUGAAGGCAGGUUUAAAAUACAUGUAGAUAAAAUGUAAAAAUGGUAAUUUUCUAUAAUUCUGACAGGAUUUUUUUUUAUUUAAAGGUGUCCGAACUCUAAGGUGAAAUAAGGUAGAUGAUUUUUUUUCGGCCACAAACAGCCACUCUUAAGUAUGAAUAAUUAAAUACCAUUGAGUAUUCAUCCAUUUAUUAUAGACCUGUUGCAUAAGUUAGCGUGAUAUUUCUCUUUUUAGUUUAUAUAUUAGAUCAAUUCUUAUUUUGAUUUGAUUGCAGGAAACUUCAGGAAAAGGAAAUGGUUUAAAAAUCGGUCUGAAAUGUGUUCUUUUUUCUAUUUUCAAUCCAAAACGGCUUAGUCAGUGAUGAUACAGACACUGACAGUGAAUUAUCAAGGUCUUUCUAUGAAUUUAUGCUAUGUAUGACAUUUCUGUAUAUUGUAUGUGAACUUAUGUACAAAACAGUAUUUUUAUCGAAAUUUUGCAUUGUUGUUCACUUCAACACUCCUAGAAAAACAGUUUCCUAAAUGGCUCAGAAUGCAGGAAAUUGCAUUCUUAUUUUAAAAAACUCCGGGGGGAGGGGGGGGGGGCAUGACCCCGGACCUCUCUAGAAAGCCUGUUACAAAUUCAAUUUGGCCUGUUCAACUGAAACAUUUUGAGAACCCUGUAAAUGUAGGUUGUAUUCCUACGUGUGUUGCAAUAUCGAAAGUGAGAAUUGUCGAUGGUUGUUUUUCAUAAUUAUUUCUAUGUUUGUGCAUUGUAUAAUAUUCAUAUAAUGUCAUAGUUGAAGUCCCCAUUGAAAGCAAAUUACUGAUGUACAUCAAUAUAUUAUCUUCGUUCAAUAAAGUUUUGAUUUUUC